AAACGUCAGUUAUCAUAUAACAAACCCAAAAUAAGCAAACAAGAUUUUUUAGCAUUGAUGGGACUUACCUUUCACGUCCGAAACCACCAGCAAAUUUUUAACUGAGAGUUUUAGCGUAAUUUGAUCCGAUUAAUGUACUGAUUGCGUUAUUGCACAGGUGUGGGGUGGAGUCAAAAGAUCAGGUAGCAUAGUUUUUUUAUUAACGUGUUGCUCCGUAAUUGGCUUAACAAAAUUACCGUCUCUAUUGGGAAAAGUAGCAUCGGCUAUGUGAAUCACUGAUGUGUUGUUUGGCCAUUGGUUGAUUUAUAUAAGUCUGAUGGUAGUGUUUUUAAAUAUAAGAGUAACAAAUAUUUCCCAUCAGCUCUAGUUCUAACCGAACUUCGUUGAAAUCAACAUGGGAAAAAUGAAGAUUUAUUACUGCCUAUUUGUAUACUUUUACUUUUUAUCUCGCGUUGCUGGACAAGCUGCUGGCCCAACUGUUGCUCAAAAUAUUACUACGACUUCAACAAUUCGUCCUACAGUUUCUGCAGCUGCAGCUGUUAAUGCAAAUGUGAGUGCGACUAUUGCAUCGACUAUUGCAUCGACUACUCAGCCGACAGCUACUACAACUGGAAUUCCAACUGCAGUUCCAACUGCAGUUCCAACUGAAACUACUACAACAACAACUAUUACUACUACAACAGAAAAAGUAACUACUACUACGGCGGCGGCCACAGACGGUACCAGCGGGGUUAUUCUCCAAUCCCAAUCUACUGAUGAUGAUCCUACUGAAAAUGGAUCGAUUGACAUUCCCAAUUUAAUCAUGACAUUCAUCGAGGAUGCGGUCAACGAAUUUGACAAAUCCAUAAACUUAGCAGCAAACAAGAUGAAUCAAGUGAACCAGGCAUUGAACAGUAUUAUCCAAUACCGAAAACAAUUAGACGCCAUUUCAACAGGUUUAGAAACAAAAGUACUUGAAGAUGGGAAACUUCUGAAAGACGUUGAAGACCAAAUAGAUUAUAUGGACAUUAUUGAAAAAGAACUCGAUAUAAAAGAAGCAAUGCUGUUGGCAUUGAACGGACGAGAAACUUUAUUGAGCAACAAAAUUGAACAUGAUUUGAACUUAUUCUUCGAUCCUAGCGUCCUUGAUAGCUGGAACAUUUCAUUUUUUGCGCAACGCAAUGGCACCUUCAAUGUCAAGACUAUCAUACAUCCUUAUGACAUAGUUCCUUUAAAUCAAGGCCAGGGUUUCAGUCCUUCGUCGGGUGUAUUUACUGUACCAUUCCACGGCAUUUAUCAUUUCUAUUUCGCAGCAUUGAAAAUGAAGCAGCAAGAGUCUGGAACUGGCCGUUUGACAAUACAACUUGUGAAAAAUCGAAAAACUGUUCCAACUUUACGGAAAGUGUUGGCCGAAGUUCAUUUGGAUUCAGCUGAUUGGUACGGAUGGUUUCCCUUACAACUACAAACAACCGUCGACCUGCAAGAAUUGGACGAAAUUACAGCAGAAUUGUUGGAAGGUUCGCUUUACGAUAGCGGUUCUCCAGAUCAUCUGCUUACCGAUUUUGGUGGCUUUCUUAUCACCCGUAUAUACAAUUAAAUUUCUUUAUUUCAUUUAAAUUUUUUAAAUUUCUUAUUUUACUAUUUUCGACAUGAAAAACGAUAUAACUGUGUUUUUCGUAUAUGCAUUUAAUACAAAUUGGGUUUACAAUUGGCAAACAAA